AUGGUUCGAGCCUGCGAGUUCUGUCGCAGGCGAAAGAUUCGAUGCGACGCCACCAAACCUGCGUGCUCCGCAUGUCGCAACAGCAAUAGAGUGUGCGUUUAUCAUAACGGUCCGCAGAAGCAACGUCCUUCUGCAGCCCUGAUCAACCUACUCAAGCAUGAAAAGGCCGCACUAGAGGACACCCUGAGCCGUCUAAAGAACGCUGAUGAUGCGCAGAGGCGAGUUCUGCUCCAGUCUGUGAUAGUGCAGAAUGGCCAGGUAUCACUGUCCGAACGCAGUACUCCGUCGACGAUGUUAUCUUCAUCAUCGCCGCCGCCGCCACAUGAGCCAUUCCGCACGACCGCCCAUCAACGGGGCUGUCGGGAGGAACAGCAGCUCAUGAGCCAUCCAAUGAGCCAUCCUAGAUAUGCACAAUCCGCUCCAAGGAUCACAGAGGACGAGGCCAAUGGUGCAUACGUUGAAGAUGACGACCACCGUGACGACGAUCGAAAUCCGACUCUAGAACGUGAUCACGAACUUGUAAUGUCCAGUCGUCAGAGGGAAGCCAUUUGCUCCGCGGGUGAGGCUACACUGACCGAAAAAAGCCACGAGGCCAGCGAUAGCAUCUUCAGCUCGACUUCGGUGGUCCAUGAUAGCAGUCCAAUAGGACCGGUUGAUCCCAAUGCCACAAGACGCGAGGAGCAAGAAGCUGCUACAGAGUUACUCCGCUACCAAUUGAUUGCCAAUGCUGCAAUGGAGAGACAGCGAGAACAUAGGCUGCGUCGGUUAACAUCUAUACGGGGAAUACCGGCAGAGUUGGCGCUUCAUCUUCUCGAUCUUCACUGGAGCCGACAGCAUCAUACUUUUCUGCUGACUUAUCGACCUGCAUUCAUGCGAGAGCUGGAAAAUGGAGGGCCCUACUGUUCUGACCUCUUGCUCUACGCUGUAUUCGCGUGUGCGUCGAAAUUCUCUGAGCGGCCUGAGGUGCGCAGCAACUCGACAGAUCCUGAAACGGCGGGGAGAAGCUUUUUCACCCGUUGUGACGAGCUCUUAUUGCGCGAGGGACACCUUAUUCAGUCGAAAGUUCCCACGGUAAUCGCGCUCGUCAUGCUUGGGUCGACAUUUAUUGCCAGAGGGAUGACAUCAAAGGGCUGGCUGUAUACAGGUUAUGCCAUACGCAUGGUGUACGAUCUGGGUCUGCACAUCGACUCGCAAGAAGUGAAUAAGCACAACGUCGAGGAGGUUGAGAUCCGACGGCGUGUCUUUUGGGGUGCAUUUGUUUGCGAGAAGCUGCAAAGCCUGUACCUAGGGCGACCUCCCACAAUCAGACUUCAGGAUGUUCAUGUGUCGCAGGAAUUUCUGGACACUUUCGAAGAGUUGGAGCCAUGGGAACCCACUCAUGACAGCACUACGGCCGAAUCAGGGAGCUCUUCCAUCUCUUCCUUAGCGCCAUCGACCCAUUCGGUGACAGUUUUCCAGCAGCUUUGCCGUCUGGCCCAAAUCAUGACAAGGAUCAUUGAUAGGAUAUAUUUUACCGGAGCUACAGCUUCGAAGACCCUGCAUGAAGUCCGCCCUCUCGAUGAUGUCCUGGCAGCCUGGUACCGUGACUUACCCGCUCACCUAUCAUACGAGCCGUGGUCGGAAGGGCCCGACAAUCGACAUGUUGCAGUCUCUCCCAAUCGUAUCAUUCUUCUUACAACCUAUUACUCGCUCAUUGUUCUGCUGCAUCGACCUUUUAUCACCAUGUCCAGCAAGGGCACCAGCAACCAUGGCAAUACAGCUACUAUAGGGACCUCGGCUUACUCCUGGAGGCGGUGUACAACAGCGUCUCAACAUAUCACCAGCCUCGUCUUAAGCUACCAAUCUAUCUACCCACUAUACAAGUCCAGUUACCUAUUGAGCUAUGCCGUUUAUGUAGCUUGUACGAUCCAUGUGCUCAACACAGCUUCUCUGUCCGCUGGCGGCGAUAGCAAAGCAUUCGCAGAAUCAUCUUCGUUACUCAGUGCAAGUUUAAGUUGCCUGGAUGCAUUAUCGGUGCCCAACUUAGGGGCUGCAGAUACCGCGCUUAUUAUCCGCAAGCUCAUGGCUGCCAAGGGUGUCCAAGAAUCAUCAGCGCCUGUAGAACUUCAGCCCCCGCCUCACCAGUUUACCGAGAAUGGUUGGCAAAUGUCCAACUUCUCGCCAAUCUUUGAGGGUAUCGGAACUAUUCCAAUGUUCCAAGAUAUUUAUAUACCAGGCGAGGACCUGUUGUUUGGCUUUAUGAGCGAAAACGCGUCUCUUGCGGCAUUUGAUAUGAACGAAACAAUUUCAUGA